AUGUCAGAUAUCGAAGCGUCAAUUUUUUUCUUCAAAUGGAGUGUAAGUUUUUUCAUGAAACUGAAGAAUCUCAUAUGACCUCACUCGAAAUGAAUUCAGAAAACUGCGCUUGACACGUAUACAAGCACAAUCAAAUCGAAUUAUUUCAAACUUCUUGUUGAACAUUGUACAAAAGCUCGUGCAAACGAUGAAGAAAGUUCAAAAAUGUUCGAUAUUGAUGAACUUGGAGCUGAUCCAAGAGUUGUCAAAGAUGAUCGAGAAGAUAUUAAAAGACGAUUGAAAGAUGCGCAAAAACAAAUUUAUUUGAAAGAGGAAAUUGUGAAAACUAAAAAGGUACAAUUUUUGAAGGUUCAACUGGCGAAGCGAUAACAUAAUCGAUUUUCAGAGAAAAAACUAUUAGCCGAUUUUGAAAAAUUGGAUUACUUUUUAAAGAUUUCUUUCUAAAAUAUUACAGUAAUCAUUUCCAGCCAGUGUCUUUGGGCGAAUUGGCGACUUUAUACCGAUUGAAAACACUUCUCAAAAUGUGCGAAAAAUUGAUUGAAAUAAUGGCAAGAAUGGUGAAGUGGAUGGAUGAAAAUAAAGCGGUAAAUAUUCCUUUUUUCUCCGUGAAAAUAUAAGAAUUUCAAAAAUAGUUUCUUUCAGCUCCUACGUAAAUUUUCCGAAAGUAUCAAAAUAUUUCCAUUUUGUCGAAAAAUGUUUGAAGCGGUUUGUGCAGUUGGUGAGAUUUUCCAACUGAAAUCAAUUGAAUGGCAAAGUUGUAAAUACGCAAAAAUGUUGGAUCCAUCGAAAACUGAUUAUUCGUGUAAAUUGAAUGCGGAAUUGCAAAUUUUGGAAGCUAAAGUUUAUUGUCCACAAUUUAUGACUAUGGUUAACUAUUUUCGGUGAGUGUUUUACAUUUGAGGGUGUAAAUGUUUCACUUUUCGGAAAAUUGUGAUUUUCAAAAAAAAAUCCCAUAACUUUUCUCAAAACUUCACGUUUAUCAUUUUUUCCAGUACUGUUGUUUAUAUAAUGGGUUGCUCAUUUACUGGAAUGCUCGAAACAAUAUUUCUAAAAAUCUCGCAUGAAAGAUGUGAAAUUCGAAGUCGUGAAAUCAACUCGAUUCUAAAAUUGUUACCACCACAAUUUUUGUUCACCAAAGAUUAUGCCAAACUUUCGAGAAGAACAUCAAUGUUACUCGAAAUUCCACCCAAAAAUGAGCGAAGUUUUCCAAUGGUUUCAGAGGUUUGUGAAUUUGUAGCUUUGACUCGAAAUAUCGAAUAUUUUUCAGCGACCAAUUCUUGAUGCUAGUUCGACUCGAAAAUCAUCAAAAUCAAAAUCGAAAAAAGAUUCACACAAAAGCGAAUCAAAAAAAUCGAAAAAAAGAAUCAAAAGUCAAAAAACUUCUCAAAAAAGUGGUCACGAAAAAAGGCGAUGCUUCAGAGAAGAAUGA